AUGGCGAUGCAGAAUAUGUCGAAUUUGAAUCGAAAAUACAAGAAAGAAUCGUGUCGAACACUACUCGGCUUUCUUCGAUGUCUUGUCGGACAACGCACGCAAAUCGAUCUUUACGGCGGAAUUAUGCUUGUCGGUACUCUCGUUGACAUCGAUGUCAAUCGUAAUAUUCAAUUAACUCAAGUAACAAUGUCUCGACCUAUCCAUAAACCUGUUUCGUUCAAUCGAUUAUAUGUUCGGUAUACAAAUGUUCGGUACGUUCGAAUUCCGGAUGAUAUUGAUGUUGUGGAAACGAUUCGACAAGAUUUGAAACAAAUGAAUCCAAAACCAAAUGAAAUCGUCGGUGGUGGACAAAAGAAAAUGCAUGUGAGAAAAGGUAGAGAAAUAAACAUCGAAACUCUGUAA